AUGACCUUCCCUAGUCAAUGUGGUCUUUGAAAGUUUUAUCUGACCUUGUGUAGGCUACUUGAGUGAGUGGAGAUUGGCAGGUAGGCGUGGGAUGAAAGUCUUAAGCCUUGCUCUUCACUCUCUGCCACGGCACACGGCGACAGAUCAGCUGGCUGGCUGGCGCUCCGCUCAAAGCAAAAGAAAGGCAGACACACGGGCAGAUAAACGAGGGCUUUUCUCACUGAAGCCAAGUGAGCGAGCAGCGUGCACAACUGCUGUGCUUUGAAUGCAGAGGCCCUUUGAAAACAAAUGAAUUCAGAGCUGUUCUGUCCUACUUACUGAGCAAUACCGCUCAAUUACACUAACGGCUCAAUUACAAUUAGCCUUUUACAAAUACUGUGUAUGCUAUGCAUGCAAGCGCACACACACACACUGACUAUAACACCUAUGAUAAUGCCACUCUCUCUGGUUGUAGGUUAUAGGGUGCUGGUGCCUGUGGCUGUGGGUUCCCUGGACGUUCCCCAGACAUUCUCCUUGGCUGGACCCUGGUGCUGUGUGUGGAGGUGGUCUGGUUGAAUACUUAGCCCAUUCGGUGGUGUUGUUGGGCUCAGCCACCCCCCCCCACGCUGCCCCCCUCCUGGCUGGUGCUCAGGCCCCACCCAGGCCUCCCCCGCCUCAACGCUGGCGAUGUCAAGAGUCCCGAGUCCCCCUCCCCCCGCGGACAUGUCCAGCGGCCCUGUUGCUGAGAGCUGGUGUUACACUCAGGUAAGGCUGGGUGUGUGUGUGUGUACAUGUAUCUGUUUUUCUAUGUACAUGUUUGUGUUUACUUGCACCUGUGUGUCAGUCUGGACUGCCAGUGCUGGUGUUUUUGACACGCCUGUUUUAAAGAAGGAUGUUUUGUUUUCUAUUGAUGUGUUUUUUCAUCAUCUCUCCUCUCUCUGUACUUGCAAAAUCGUUUUUUGUUGCAGCUUUUUAAUAUCCUUUCUUCUCCCCCUGUUUGUUGUCAGUGUUUAUUGAGAUGAAAGACAGGUUUGAUGUGUGGUUUUGAAGUCCAGGCUGACCAACCAGCCACUUAGCUACCUGUAUGGAAUAGAUAAAUAAAUUAAAGCCAUUAUGUCUGAUUCCUGCUGUCUGUUUGUGUGUGUCUCCCCCUACCUCUGUUAGAUCAAAGUGGUGAAGUUCUCCUACAUGUGGACUAUCAACAACUUCAGCUUCUGUCGUGAGGAGAUGGGCGAGGUCAUCAAGAGCUCCACCUUCUCUUCUGGAGCCAAUGACAAGCUUAAAUGGUGAGUGGAGGCGGGGCCAAGAAGUGGGCACUAUGGAUAAGCCGUAGGGGACUACAGGACCAGUAGCUUGUCCAUGAUUGAUCUGAUUUGAACUCCUAAGUAUAUUGAACUGGUAUUAUUCUAUUGGACUGUUACUGAGCAUAGUUGACUGACUUUGUCUCUGUAUGACUGGGUCUGAUGAUCACUGAUGCUGAUGCUGUUCCCUCCCUCUGUGUGUCCAGGUGUUUGCGUGUAAACCCUAAAGGUCUGGACGAGGAGAGUAAAGACUACCUGUCCCUCUACCUGCUCCUGGUCAGCUGUCCCAAGAGCGAAGUGCGCGCCAAGUUCAAGUUUUCCAUCCUCAACGCCAAGGGAGAGGAGACUAAGGCCAUGGGUGAGUCGCACUUGAUUUGAGUUUAGUUGGAUCCCCAUUAGCUAACGCCAUGACGACAGCUAGUCUUCCUGGGGUCCGACACAUGACGAAAAAGGCAUUACAGACAAAAUACUUUACAAUUUACAUACAUUUAAGUAAUAUUAACAAGUAGACAUUACAGACAUGUAAAAUAACUGAAAGGUAACAUUUAACAGUCAAUCCAGGGGUCAGUAUCUGUCCAGUCAUAUGGUCAAUCUUAGUAGAUGUACUUUUAAUGUUUUCUUGAAUGUGAAGACAUUUUUGGCUUGGGAAAUAUUUAUCCCCAACAACCCACCCUCUCUAUAGGGUCAGUGGUGCUCUGCCAAUGUAGUCCCAUAGUGUACCUGGCUUGAUAUUAUGCUGGUGUGAGAGAGGUCAUGUGAUAACAGAACAACAUACUUAUAAGAAUCCACUCUUGAACCUCUCAGCCCAAACAUGUAGCUUGGCAGUAGAAAAUGGAAGACAUGUUUCCGAUGGAAACAAGGUUAGAAAGUUUCAGAGCUUUAUUACCGGUGUCUCUGAGGUUUACUAAGUGAGUGUGUGUAUAGGAGGGGGUGAGGGAGCCAAAGUGUGUCUAAUUCAGUGUGUGGCCCGAGGUGUUAAUAGCCAUAUGGGUGUGUAUAAUCACUGCAGGUGGGAUUCGUCCCCCCCCCCCCCCCCCCCCCACAUAUUUAAUUUAAAGUAGCGUGAGGCAAUAUUUGAUUUUAAUUUAAAAAUAACCAAUUCAUCAGCUUAUCUGGCUGAUGAAUUGGAAAGGAAACGUGUUUCUUCCAAUGCCUACUCUUUUUAAUUAGGUUAUGUUAUGGGGAGGAAAAGCAAACUUGUGUGGAAUUGAAUUAGUGUGGGCCAGAUGUGACCGCUUCCUGGUUAUCAGGCUCUUUACCUGGUUGGUUGUCUCUCCUCCGUUACCCCGCCGAGCACAGGAAGUAUGGAAGGAGGAGAGGAGAGGGGCAGAGGAGGAAUGUUUGUAUCGGAGGUGUAUGCAGCAAGACCUGUUUACAACCCCCCGCAGUGCAGGUCGUGUAGAAAGGGAAAUGGUUUUCCUGCUGAGAAACAUCUACCGCGUGAACUCAACUCCUCACUCCCUCUUUCUCACACACUUUCACUCUCUCUGUUCUACACUCUCACUCCAUCUUCAUGGUGGCAGUGCUUUUUCACCCUCUCUCAACAACAACACGUUCACAAACACUACUGUUAUGAAACAGGCCCUGUGUCUCUUAAUGUAAUUGUGCAUCAAGCUCACUUGAGAGGCUCUUAAGGUACAGUUAAUGCAUAGUGGGCUGUGUCCAUGUCGCUGUACCACUCUAAGGGGGACAGCAGUAGCCUGCAGAGUGGGUGGUAAACACCACCUGGAGCCGUUUCAUUCCUUCACUCGGUCAGCUCACCUGAAUCUGCCUCUCCACAUGACAAUUGAAAUAGAUUAAGGAUGGAGAAUGGUGAGAAAAGUGGAGAAAAUGUAUUAUCUUCUGUUCUCCUCUUCGUGUCUCUGGGGGGUUUGCUGUAAAUGGUGUUCUUUGGUGGUACAACCCCCCCCACCCCCCACCGCCACCCCCAGACGCACCCCAUCUUCCCCUCAGCCUCCUGUGGAGUACAGGGCUCUUCGCUCGCCCUGUCACUGGAGAAAAUUACCCGCAGCCACCGUAUUCGUGACAAGGGGCUUCAGCGAGCACUCUGUCUGAGAAUAUGGCAGUAAAGAUAGCUCUAUCGGUUCUGGAUCAUUUAGAAUCCAAUUUAAUCCCGGCCUCCUGAAGAAAACCCAGGCCAAAUAAAAACAAAGUGCCUUAAUUAAGAAGGCUCUGGCUCAGAGUGUGAAGACUGUUUAUGUGGCAUGUCACUGCUGGGUCUCUCCACACAGUCUCACAGGGCUCCGCUGAAAUUGAUAUUAAGACCAAGUACAGAUUGGUUUGAUACAUAGCUAAAUAUACAGAUAUAUGGGUGGUUAGAAAUAUGGUUAGAAAGAUUAUUGUGAAUCAUGUAAAGAUGGUGCAUAUAUAAUUUCCUGCCUUAAACAUGAACCGUUUCACAGUGGAUUUAACCUUUAACCUCAUACUGUUCAUCCACCCCCACCUGAAUAGAGAGCCUCAAUCAGUAAUGUAUCUGGGCCCUCUGUUGGUCUCUGAGGGUGUUACUGCCUGCUAAUGGAGAUAGAUUUGGGCUCCACUGGCAGCGCCCCACCUCUCUCUCUCUCUCUCUCUCCUCUCCCCCGAACAUCCGCCUCUUCUCUGCUCCACCACAUAAUUUCUCUUCCUGGUUUAAAGGCGCUAGCUAGCUGGCUCUCCUGUGGGAGUGUGGUUCAACGGUUUGUAACAUGUCUCUUGGUACCCCCCCUCUCUCUCCUGUGCCAGAUAAAACAGCCUGCUGGCAGACACACUGCUGCUCUGAGAACAGAGAGGGAGAGGAAGUCUCCUGCUAUAUGGCGGUGGUGGCUAGGGUUUAUUCAAAUGACCCAGAGCUUAGUGUUCCUCUCAGACAGUGGGCUUUGUAGUGCUUUUUAAGUGCUUAGGUCUAAGGAGAGGUUAUGUCUCCAGUGUGUUUGGUCACAGGUUCAAUUUAAUUUGCUGUGUGUACACAGGUCUUCAUACAUUGUAUAUUUUAAAAUAACUAUCUCAUUUGGCAGUACAGUGUUUGUGGUGUUGUGGUUAGAGAGUAGUGGGUUUGUCUUUAGUUCUAGAUGGUGUCCUGGCUGAUUGAAACCUCUGUCUGAAUGCUUGUCUGUGGUUGUCAGAGCUGGUUGCUCGCGGUAACUGAUGGGGGCGAUCAGGCAUUCAGUGUGGUUGUAUUGUGGGAAGAAUGGAAGAGUCAUUGGACAGUCUUUACAUAAUCACAUAGUAUCGACACGGCUAGAAGGAACAUCGUUACAGAUGUUUGUGCUGACACUUGCUUAUAGAGCUCAUUCUUCAAUAGAGAUGAGAUUUUCUUCGGGAAUGGCGUGUGUGUGUGUAUGUGCUCGUGUGCGUUUAUGUUUGCCUGUGUAUUUGUGGUGUGUGUGAGCGAGCAAGCAUGUGUGCCUGCCUUCCUGGUUAUAUGUCAGCCUAUGUAGGUGUGUGUGUGUGUGUGUGUGUGUGUGUAUAAGGAGUGUGGGGGUUGAUGCAAAUGCAGGUACUCCAUUACAUAUAUUGAAGCAUUGUCUAUCAUGCUGUUAGACAUUGGACUCUAUGUGUUGUGUAUAGUAUAGAAAAGUAAUCAUUCUACCCCCCCCCCCCCCCCCCCCCCCUCACCAACCCCCCAAUAAUAUAUAUAUAUAUUUUUUUUAAAGUGGUUGUCCCACUGGCUAUCAUAAGUUGAAUGCAGCAAUUUGUAAGUCGCUCUGGAUAAGAGCGUCUGCUAAAUGACGUAAAUGUAUUUAAUCAAUGGGUUUUAGACUAAAAAACAGCAAUUGAAGUGGAGGGAAGAAGUGGGAUGGGGAUGUAGGCAGUAAUGGUUGGGAGGAUGGGGUUGGAGUUGUGUGUGUCAAGGUCAGUGUGUGUGAAUGUUUGAAUGUGUUUGUGUAAUGGGGGAAAAUCUCCAGGCUCCUUUGGGAUUCUCUAAACCUCCUUACGGAGAACAGAUGAUCGCCCACGGAGGGAGGGAUUAGAAUUGUGUUUUGAACUAAUGUACAUACUGUACAUUACCCACACUUUCUCUGUCAUGCCCACACACACACAAUCUCUUGGUGUGACCCCCACUAUUGAGGAGUGCUCCGCUGUUGGCCCAGAGUGUGUGUGAUGUUUGCCAGCCAGUGUUCUGGGCGACCUUCUCACUGUGUGUGCCAACCAGGCCCCUGAGCCACAGCCUGAAUAUGUAUGCCAUGCUCUCUAAAACACCCUGGCACUCCUCUCUCGCUCGCUCUGACUCCAUCUUUCCGUUCUCCUCUCUGAAACUCUGUCCCGGUGUCUCUCUCCCUUCCCAUUUUUAAAUCAGCAUUUCUUUCCAUCCAUCUACAUAUUUCAACUCACAUGCUACCCCUCUGCCUGCACUGUUUGAGUGACAGGCUUCCAUAUCUAUUCUUCUCACUCACCCCCCUCCUCUUCUCCUAUUUGUUAUUCCUGGUGUGUUCCUCCCCUCCUGACUCGGUGGCCCCAGCCUGCUGUGACCCGACCGUGACCACAUGCGGUCUGACCUGCGGUUGAUCCCCUGCCAGGGUGAGGUUCUGGUCCUGCUCAGGAGACCCAGUGGAGGCUGCAGGGUCAGCUGAGCUCAGCUUAAUACACACACACACACACACACGCACAGGCACACACACACCUGCACACAGACAUACACCUUAGUGUGGAGAGUGAGCAGGGACUUAGCAGUGAGCAGUGGAGGGGAAAUCUCACCUCUCUCCCUCUUCCUGCUGUAGGACUCCUCUCACCCUUUCUCCUCCGUUCUCUGUGCUCCCGUUCUCUCCCUUCCUCUUCCCAGCUAGCCUUCUCUCUCUCCUCCCACUGUCCUCACACCUCAGUUUAGGCUGAGACCCAACCCAGUAGGAAGUUGUCACAGGUUGCUGGUCUUCUUCCAUAUACCCUGAUAACACUGAGAACAAUCCCACCACCACACAGGGAGAGGAGCUGCUGGCCAGGGGACCAUGCCUGAGUCUCUCUCGCAUUUCAGAAAGGCGGAAAAGAAAGGAAAUAGAAAAAAGGCAGACAGAAAGGUUUGAGACAAACAGGCAGACGAGGAUGAGGCAAAGAUGCAGUGCUUUUGCGCUGUGUGUUUGUGUGUAUCCAACCAUACACUACUUGGCAUGUCAUGACCACCGAAGUUUGACGUGGCUUUCAACAACACAGGUUUCAGAUGAGAGAGAGUGAGAGACUGACACAAAGCCUUUAAAUGAAACACUUCUGACAUCAGUUCCUGUUAUGCAGAGAGGAAAAGAGGAGAGUGACGAUGAAUAAAGAAGAGGAGAGAAAAGAGCCUUUGGAGUGUUUGGAUUUCUGUCAGUCUGAGAGGGGGUGGCUGUCAGGGCCUGUUUGGAGCCCGUCUCCAGAGGGGGGAUUAGAGGGGGAGGACUCCCUGAUUGAGCACUGGGGUGGAGAACUGGAGAACUGCAUAUCCACUCAACACCAUCACUGCCUGCAUGCGUCCAAAAUGGCAGCAUAUUCCCUAUUCCAUAUAACCCAUAGGGCUCUGGUCAAUAUAGUGCACUAUAAACGGAAUAGGGUGCCAUUUGGGAUACAGCCCCUGCUUGCCUGCCUGGUUGGCUGCUGUACCCACCACUGCAUCAUACCGCUGCUGGUGGAUUUGACAUAGAGCUUACAGCAGAGCUGUUACCCCAUCUGAAUGACUCCCACUGGAAUCUGGCAGGAGAUCUCUUAAGGCUUGGACACACCAGCAGCGUUUGCUGGCCGAUGGUACUUUGCACCUCUGAACAGAGUGCCGGCAAACCGAUUAUUCAUGUAGAAUCGCGCGAAUAAGUCUGCAGCCAGACGUCCAUCAGUGGGUGGUCCCUAAAACACACCACCCCAAACGAGCGGCAGACGAACGGCAGAUCGACAAUCGGCCUGGUGUGAGUGUGGUUCUUUAGGCCCCAGGGACCCUCAUCCUAUACUGCAGGAGAUACAUGCCCUACAGGAGCUUCUUAGGAUCCUGUCAUACUAUACAUGACGAGAUAUUUAUGUGAAGUUUCAUUGGAGGUCUUUGAGAGGGUCUUGGAGGAGUAAAAUCUCUGAGCAGGGAAUUCAUUGUGAUCUGACUUGGCAGACGCUUUGAUCCAAAGCCACUUACAGUAAAGUGAGGCCAUUAUAUUUGUAGUAAGUGAUCCCUGAGGGACUUGAACCCAUGACCUUGGCAUUGUUAGCAUUACACUCUUACCAACUGGGCCACCAGAACCACCAUGGUACAGCAACGUCUUUGACUCUAGUCAUUGUGAUAUGUACGGUGAGUAUGUCCUCAGUGUUUGUGUCCCAAAUGGCACCCUAUUCCCUACAUAGUGCACUACAUUUGUAGUACACUAUAUGGGGAAAGGGGUGCCAUUCUGGACGCAGCCAGUGUGUGUAAGUAUUCCUGGUGAAGGACCGGAUGAAGGCAUUUCUCCUGUGUGUUUGUAGUGCCCAGAACCCUCCCUGCCUUUCCUCAGUCAGACAUACUUGCAGUCCAUAAGCACAUUAUAAUGGGAGGCUUUGAUCCCUGCUUAUCCCACCUGCUUAUCGUGCUUGUGUGCGUGAGUGCGUGCCAGAGAUGAGAGAGUGUGUAAAAAAUGUGUGGCAUCGUUUUCUUAUGAGGUGUUAAAAGUCCCCUGCAGGUGACACUUCCUUCAUUCAACCUCCUGUCUUGUCGGGCUGUGCUCACUUUCUCUCUCUCCUUUCUCAUGGUCAUGACACACACACACACAUGCACUAACUGUCUGUGUGUUGUUCCCCUUUACAGAGAGCCAGAGGGCGUACCGGUUUGUCCAGGGGAAGGACUGGGGCUUUAAGAAGUUCAUCAGGAGAGACUUCCUGCUGGACGAGGCCAAUGGGCUGCUGCCUGACGACAAGCUCACUCUCUUCUGUGAGGUAGGACACAAGUUAACAUAACAUAGAGAUACAGGUAACUGCCAAAAUAAAGGAAAUAAGGUGAAUGAGGGAUUCAAGGUAUAUUGAAAACAGGUGCGGUUUCUGAGUUAAUUAUGCAAUUAACAUCCCAUCAUGCUUAGGGUCAUGUAUAAAAAUGCCCAGUUGCCCAUUAUUUUGAGUACCAUGGCUAGAAGAAGAGAUCUCAGUGACUUUGAAAGAGGGGUCUCAAAGGAGCAUAGGGGUUUAAAGGGUGUGUGUCUGUCACCAGAUCUCAACCCAACUGAACAAUUUAUAGGAGAUUCUGGAGUGGCGCCUGAGACAGCGUUUUCCAACACCAUCAACAAAAUACCAAAUGAUGGAAUUUCUCCGUGUAGAAUGGUGUCAAGGCGCAUUGAAGCUGUUCUGGCAGCUCAUGUUGGCCCAACGCCCUAUUAAGACACUGUUACUGUUUCCUUUAUUUUGGCAGUUACCUGUAUCUCUAUAGACUGGUUGGUUGUUUAGCAACAAAACCGACUUGUGCGCAACUAUGGGGCAAAACAGACGGGUUGGCUUAGAUUGUUGAUAACAUGUAAACUAUAUUUUGUCUCCAAUGUUUAUUGAAAACAUAAAUAAAGUUGCACAAUGAGAACUUGUCUCUCAAAUACAUUGUUAUGGUUGUUGGUUAGCUAUCUAGCUAGCAAAUUUUAGCCAUAUUAGCAUAGAUGUGACAUCAGUCAAAACACCUCAAAACAAGAAAUGGUAUCAAGAACAAGAUCAAAUGAGCUGAAACAAUGUGACCUGACCAGGAAAACCUCUGAGUCCUAGUGAUCGGUCAUCACUAGUUACCACAGUCACAAAGUCAUAAACCCUGUCUAUUGCUACAAUUUCUCUUCGCUAACCCUAACCACACUGCUAACCUUAUUCCUAAUCCUAACCUUAAAUUGAGACCAAAAGGAGUUACGAUUUAGCCUAUUUUAACUUUGUGGCUGUGGAAACUAGUGGAAACCAUAUUAAUGGGCUAUAACUAGGGCUCAGAGUUUUUCCUGGUCAGGUCAAAUUAUUAGGAAAAACGCCUGGCUCUAACUGAUACAGUGGGGGAAAAAAGUAUUUAGUCAGCCACCAAUUGUGCAAGUUCUCCCACUUAAAAAGAUGAGAGGCCUGUAAUUUUCAUCAUAGGUACACGUCAACUAUGACAGACAAAUUGAGAAAAAAAAUCCAGAAAAUCACAUUGUAGGAUUUUUAAUGAAUUUAUUUGCAAAUUAUGGUGGAAAAUAAGUAUUUGGUCACCUACAAACAAGCAAGAUUUCUGGCUCUCACAGACCUGUAACCUCUUCUUUUAGAGGCUCCUCUGUCCUCCACUCGUUACCUGUAUUAAUGGCACCUGUUUGAACUUAUCAGUAUAAAAGACACCUGUCCACAACCUCAAACAGUCACACUUCAAACUCCACUAUGGCCAAGACCAAAGAGCUGUCAAAGGACACCAGAAACAAAAUUGUAGACCUGCACCAGGCUUGGAAGACUGAAUCUGCAAUAAGUAAGCAGCUUGGUUUGAAGAAACCAACUGUGGGAGCAAUUAUUAGGAAAUGGAAGACAUACAAGACCACUGAUAAUCUCCCUCGAUCUGGGGCUCCACGCAAGAUCUCACCCCGUGGGGUCAAAAUGAUCACAAGAACGGUGAGCAAAAAUCCCAGAACCACACGGGGGGACCUAGUGAAUGACCUGCAGAGAGCUGGGACCAAAGUAACAAAGCCUACCAUCAGUAACACACUACGCCGCCAGGGACUCAAAUCCUGCAGUGCCAGACGUGUCCCCCUGCUUAAGCCAGUACAUGUCCAGGCCCGUCUGACGUUUGCUAGAGUGCAUUUGGAUGAUCCAGAAGAGGAUUGGGAGAAUGUCAUAUGGUCAGAUGAAACCAAAAUAUAACUUUUUGGUAAAAACUCAACUCGUCGUGUUUGGAGGACAAAGAAUGCUGAGUUGCAUCCAAAGAACACCAUACCUACUGUGAAGCAUGGGGGUGGAAACAUCAUGCUUUGGGGCUGUUUUUCUGCAAAGGGACCAGGACGACUGAUCCGUGUAAAGGAAAGAAUGAAUGGGGCCAUGUAUCGUGAGAUUUUGAGUGAAAACCUCCUUCCAUCAGCAAGGGCAUUGAAGAUGAAACGUGGCUGGGUCUUUCAGCAUGACAAUGAUCCCAAACACACCGCCCGGGCAACGAAGGAGUGGCUUCGUAAGAAGCAUUUCAAGGUCCUGGAGUGGCCUAGCCAGUCUCCAGAUCUCAACCCCAUAGAAAAUCUUUGGAGGGAGUUGAAAGUCUGUGUUGCCCAGCGACAGCCCCAAAACAUCACUGCUCUAGAGGAGAUCUGCAUGGAGGAAUGGGCCAAAAUACCAGCAACAGUGUGUGAAAACCUUGUGAAGACUUACAGAAAACGUUUGACCUGUGUCAUUGCGAACAAAGGGUAUAUAACAAAGUAUUGAGAAACUUUUGCUAUUGACCAAAUACUUAUUUUCCACCAUAAUUUGCAAAUAAAUUCAUUAAAAAUCCUACAAUGUGAUUUUCUGGAUUUUUUUUAUUCUCAUUUUGUCUGUCAUAGUUGACGUGUACCUAUGAUGAAAAUUACAGGCCUCUCUCAUCUUUUUAAGUGGGAGAACUUGCACAAUUGGUGGCUGACUAAAUACUUUUUUUCCCCACUGUACAUGUAUGUGUGAUGUGUGCAUGUUCUGUGACAAAAGCACCUGUGUGUCUGUGUGACUCCCUCUAUCCAGCUCCAUGCUGAUUCUUAUUCUGUCAGUUUGUCAGUAGGGCUCAGAUCAGAUGCUGUUGUGUUGGGUGCUGUUGGGCUAGAUGAUAUGAUUAACUGUAAGUCGCUCUGGAUAAGAGCGUCUGCUAAAUGACUAAAAUGUCAAAAUGUCAAAUGAUAUCCCCUGUCAUUACUAGGCUGUAACAGAGGGGGCAGCAGAGGUCAACCUUCCCUCCCUCUCUCUGUCUCUCUCUCUCUCCUCUCUCUCCUUCGCUCUCUCUCCGCUCUCGCUCUCUCUCUCUCUCUGUGUUUGUGUGUCUCUCUCUCUCUCUCUGUGUCUCUCUCUCUCUCUCUCUCUGUGUCUCUCUCUCUCUCUCUCUCUCUGUGUCUCUCUCUGUGUCUCUCUCUGUGUCUCUCUCUCUCUCUCUCUGCCUGUAUCUCUCUCUCUCUCUCUCUGCCUGUAUCUCUCUCUCUCUCUCUCUCUCUCUCUCUCUCUCUCUCUCUCUCUCUCUCUCUCUCUCUCUCUCUCUCUCUCUCUCCCCCCCCCCUUAUGUUGGAUGGGGGAACAGAGUAGAGGUAAAACUUUCUGGAUAUGUUAAUGUCCUUGUUGUAAUGCAUGUGCCCAUAAAUGUUUAAAAAGCAUGGCGGUGGCUGUUUAAAACAAUCCUAAUUAACCCUGCGGGGGUAUGGUGCUGGAAACCAUGUCUUGAAGUUUCCCCCUGUUUGUUACGAGAGAGAAGAGCGAUGUGCAAGUAUGUUUAAAGUGUUUCCAAACUGGGCCUAUUGACUUAUGAGUAGGAGGGGCAUAGCAGCUACUACAGAGCUGUGUUUGGGGGUGGGGGUGGAGGUGUGUGUGUGUGUGACUGCGUGUACUGUGCCUGUGUAUGUGAGAGAGGCUUGACAUAGAGAGAGUACUUCAACACAGCCCUCUCCUGUGGUGUGAGGCUGCUGGGUGGUUGUAGUAAUGGGUGGCUGCGCAUCGUCUGUAAAUCUCUGGUAAUUACACCAGCUCCAUUAAUGAGGAAACCAAUGUUGGUUACAGUGUGGUUUAGGGCUGGGCGGUAUACCGUAUUUUACUAUAUACCAGCAUUGCUGCAUAGACCGGUUUGAGUUUUUACUUUACCUUCUAUAAUGGUAUUUGAAUGUUUGGUUUGUGAUAUGCCGUGUGUAACGUCAAUUUCUAUUGUUUACACCGCUACUUGAGUCAUCCCACUCCACCCUUUCUCUCUCAAUUCCGUUUUCCUCAGACCUAGCCCCACCACCUGUCACUCAAGGAGCACAUUUGUUGUUGCUUGGCCAUGAGACACUUGUGUUAAGUCUGCAUGGUAAAUGCAGCACAUGCAACAAUAUUAAUGACAACGAUGUUUCCACUUUGCUUCUUAAUAAUACAUCCACAAGCGUUCUAUAAUUAAUUACACUAUUAGUUUGUGUUUCUUACAUCUGCAAACAGCUAGUUUGUCUUUUCUUAGCAAGUUUUAGCUAAAUCGUGUUAGCCGCUAAUGCUAAUCGCUAGUUAGCUGGCUAGCUAGCUAGCUAGUUAAUAAAUGUACUGAGUCAGAGCAAAUUUAGCUGGCUAGUACAACCUGAUAUGAGUUUUGGUGUAGGCCUAAAUAUGCAUAUUGUUUGUGCAACAGUAUCUUCUAAAUCAAAGAGGAAUAGGCAAAGCAUGAAUAUGUUAGCUACAUGAAGAAACAUUGAAUGUUGCCAAAGAUGAUGGGGUCCCCUAGGAAACACUGACCAUCACUUUGGUUCCUACCCAGUCACAAUAACUCCUCCCUGGUGUUUUCAUUCGUUGUCAUGUCAAACAACACUGUAUUCAAAGUGGCCAAUAAUAUUUAUAUUCUAAUUAUAGAAUUAGAAUAAACAAUAUAUUUCCAUGAUUCCAAGUGUUUUGAUCUAAUUCGCAAGUCAAAUGACAAUUGCAACAUUUGGUUAAAAAUAAGGCCUAGUGUUUUUUGCCCAUAUCGUGCAGCCCUACAUGGAUAUGCAGGAAAUUAUUUUUUGUUUAAUAAACCGUAUAAAACAAUCAGAAUGGAGAAAGACCCAUUGAAAUCAUCUAGGGUCACGCACUACUCAUAAAGACAAUAUAGAAUUUGUAUUAUUCAAAAACAUAAAAUGCCAUCAUACCUUCAACAUAGAAAAAAAUUAACUGUGAUAUGAUACGCUAUAUAUGCAAAAGUAUGUUGACACCUCUUCAAAUUAGUGGAUUCGGCUAUUUCAGCCACACCCCUUGCUGACAGGUGUAUAAAAUCGAGCACACAGCCAUGCAAUCUCCGUAGACAAACAUUGGCAGUAGAAUGGUCUUACUGAAGAGCUAAGUGACUUUCAACGUGGCACCGUCAUAGAAUGCCACCUUUCCAACAAGUCAGUUCCUCAAAUUUCUGCCCAGUUAGAGCUGCCCUGGUCAACUCGAAGUGCUGUUAUUGUGAAGUGGAAACUUCUAGGAGCAACAACGGCUUAGCCGCGAAAUUGUAGGCCACACAAGCUCACAGAACGGGACCUCCAGGUGCUGAAGCGCGUAGAGCGUAAAUAUUGUCUGUCAGUUGCAACACUCACUACCAAGUUCGGCCAUGGAAGCAACGUCGGCACAAGAACUGUUAAUCGGGAGCUUCAUGAAAUGGGUUUCCAUGGCCGAGCAGCCGCACACAAACAUAAGAUCACCCUGCACAAUGUCAAGCGUCGGCUGGGGUGUUGUAAAGAUAGCCGCCAUUGGACUCUGGAGCAGUGGAAACGCGUUCUCUGGAGUGAUGAAUCAUACUUCACAAUCUGGCAGUCCGACGGACAAAUCUGGGUUUGGCGGAUGCCAGGAGAAGGCUACCUGCCCAAAUGCAUAGUGCCAACUAUAAAGUUUGGUGGAGGAGGAAUAAUGGUCUGGGGCUGUUUUUCAUGGUUCGGGCUAGGCCCCUUUGUUCCAGUGAAGGGAAAUCUUAACUCUACAGCAUACAAUGACAUUCUAGAUGAUUCUGUGCUUCCAACUUUAUGGCAACAGUUUGGGGAAGGCCCUUUCCUGUUUCAGCAUGACAAUGCCCCCGUGCACAAAGCGAGGUCCAUACAGAAAUGGUUUGUCGAGAUCGGUGUGGAAGAACUUGACUGUCCUGACCUCAACCACAUCGAACACCUUUGGGAUGAAUUGGAACGACAACUGUGAGCCAGGCCUAAUCGCCCAACAUCGGUGCCCGAUCUCACUAAUGCUCUUGUGGCUGAAUGGAAGUCCCCGAAGCAAUGUUCCAACAUCUAGUGGAAAGUGUUCCCAGAAGAGUGGAGGCUGUUAUAGCAGCAAAGGGGGGACCAUCUCCAUAUUAAUGCCCAUGAUUUUGGAAUGAGAUAUCGCCCAGCCCUAGUGUGGGUUACUGUAGUGAGUUAGUGACCCUGGAAUAAAUGAUGAGGGUGCUACCACAAGGUCUAGUAGUGUAAAGUACUUCAAUAUUCCUGGUCCUUGUUCUCCCUGUGAUGCAGUCUUUAUUACCAUCAGAGACCUGGCUCCUUGUUCUCGCCUCCUCUCAUUCUGUUUCCUUCUCUUUUUCUCUCUCUCUCCUUUCUCUCUCUCUCCACUCUUUCUCUCUCCUUUUGUGAGAAUGCUGUUCAUUGACCACAGCUCAGUGUUCAACACCAUUGUCCCUUCCAAGCUCGUCACCAAGCUUAGGACCCUGGGACUGAACAUCUCCCUCUGUAUCUGGAUCCUGGACUUCCUGGUGGGCCGACCCCAGGUGGUGAAGGGUAGGCAACAUCACGUCCGCCACACUGACCCUCAACACGGGGGCCCCAAAGGGGUGUGUGCUUAGUCCCCUCCUGUACUUCCUGUUCACACACGACUGCAUGGCCACACACGACUCCAACACCAUCAUUAAGUUUGCUGACGAUACGACGGUGGUAGGUCUGAUCACCGGCGACGAUGAGACAGCCUACAAGGAGGAGAUCGGUGACAACCUCUCCCUCAACGUCAGUAAGAUCAAGGAGCUGAUCAUGGACUGCAGGAAAGGGGGGGGGGGGGGAGCACUCCCCCAUCCACAUCGACGGGUUGAGAGCUUCAUGUUCCUCUGUGUCCAAAUCACUAAGCACUUAGAAUGGUCCACGUGCACAGUCGUGAAGAAGGCACAACAGUGCCUCUUCCCCCUCAGGAAGUUGAAAAGGUUUGGCAAUGGGCCCUCAAAUCCUCAAAAAGGUCUACAGUUGCACCAUUGAGAGCAUCUUAACUGGCUGCAUUACUGCUUGGUAUGGCAACAACACCGCCCUCGAUCACAUGGCGCUACAGAAGGUGGUGCGGACAGGCCAGUACAUCAUUGGGGCCGAGCUCCCUGCCAUCCAGGACCUCUAUAUCAGGCGGUGUGAAAGGAAGACCCAGAAAAUCAUUAAAGACUCCAGCGACCCAAGCCAUAGACUGUUCUCUCUGCUUCCGCACGGCAAGUGGUACCGUUGCAUCAAGUAUGACACCAACAGGGUCCUGAACAGCUUCUAUCCCCAAGCCAUAACACUUCUAAAUAGCUAACAGAAUUGUUAUACGGAAUAUCUGAGUUGGCCCUUGUAUUUAUUUUUUAUCUCUUUGCACACUCACGGGACUCUACACACACACUGACACUCCAACACACACAUAACAUGCACACAAAUGUAUACGGACUCUACAGAAACGCACAAACACUCACAUACUAUCAUCAUUUACGCUGCUGCUACUCUGUUUAUCGUACACUGAGCAAAAUUAAGGACACCUGCUCUUUCCAUGACAGACUGACAGGUGAAUCCAGGUGAAAGCUAUUACAUUUACAUUUACGUCAUUUAGCAGACGCUCUUAUCCAGAGCGACUUACAAAUUGGUGCAUUCACCCUAUAGCCAGUGGGAUAACCACUUUACAAAUGAUUUUAUUUUAUUUUAUUUUUUUAUUAUUUUUUUGUUUUUUUGGGGGGGUAGAAGGAUUACUUUAUCCUAUCCCAGGUAUUCCUUAAAGAGGUGGGGUUUCAAAUGUCUCCGGAAGGUGGUGAGUGACUCCGCUGUCCUGGCGUCGUGAGGGAGCUUGUUCCACCAUUGGGGUGCCAGAGCAGCGAACAGUUUUGACUGGGCUGAGCGGGAACUAUGCUUCCGCAGAGGAAGGGGAGCCAGCAGGCCAGAGGUGGAUGAACGCAAUGCCCUCGUUUGGGUGUAGGGACUGAUCAGAGCCUGAAGGUACGGAGGUGCCGUUCCCCUCACAGCUCCAUAGGCAAGCACCAUGGUCUUGUAACAGAUGCGAGCUUCAACUGGAAGCCAGUGGAGUGUGCGGAGGAGGGGGGGUGACGUGAGAGAACUUGGGAAGGUUGAACACCAGACGGGCUGCGGCAUUCUGGAUGAGUUGUAGGGGUUUAAUGGCACAGGCAGGGAGCCCAGCCAACAGCGAGUUGCAGUAAUCCAGACGGGAGAUGACAAGUGCCUGGAUUAGGACCUGUGCCGCUUCCUGUGUAAGGCAGGGUCGUACUCUCCGAAUGUUGUAGAGCAUGAACCUGCAGGAUCGGGUCACCGCCUUGAUGUUAGCGGAGAACGACAGGGUGUUGUCCAGGGUCACGCCAAGGCUCUUCGCACUCUGGGAGGAGGACACAACGGAGUUGUCAACCGUGAUGGCGAGAUCAUGGAACGGGCAGUCCUUCCCCGGGAGGAAGAGCAGCUCCGUCUUGCCAGGGUUCAGCUUGAGGUGGUGAUCCAUCAUCCAUACUGAUAUGUCUGCCAGACAUGCAGAGAUGCGAUUCGCCACCUGGUUGUCAGAAGGGGGAAAGGAGAAGAUUAGUUGUGUAUCGUCAGCGUAGCAAUGAUAGGAGAGGCCAUGUGAGGAUAUGACAGAGCCAAGUGACUUGGUGUAUAGGGAGAAAAGGAGAGGGCCUAGAACUGAGCCCUGGGGGACACCAGUGGUGAGAGCACGUGGUGCGGAGACAGCUUCUCGCCACGCCACUUGGUAGGAGCGACCGGUCAGGUAGGACGCAAUCCAGGAGUGAGCCGCGCCGGAGAUGCCCAGCUCGGAGAGGGUGGAGAGGAGGAUCUGAUGGUUCACAGUAUCAAAGGCAGCAGACAGGUCUAGAAGGACAAGAGCAGAGGAGAGAGAGUUAGCUUUAGCAGUGCGGAGAGCCUCCGUGACACAGAGAAGAGCAGUCUCAGUUGAAUGACCAGUCCUGAAACCUGACUGGUUUGGAUCAAGAAGGUCAUUCUGAGAGAGAUAGCAAGAGAGUUGGCUAAAGACGGCACGCUCAAUAGUUUUGGAAAGAAAAGAAAGAAGGGAUACUGGUCUGUAGUUGUUGACAUCAGUGGGAUCGAGUGUUGGUUUUUUGAGAAGGGGUGCAACUCUCGCUCUCUUGAAGACUGAAGGGACAUAGCCAGCGGUCAAGGAUGAGUUGAUCAGCGAGGUGAGGUAGGGGAGAAGGUCACCGGAGAUGGUCUGGAGAAGAGAGGAGGGGAUGGGGUCAAGCGGGCAGGUUGUUGGGCGGCCUGCAGUCACAAGUCGCAAGAUUUUAUCUGGAGAGAGAGGGGAGAAAGAAGUCAAAGCAUAGGGUAGGGCAGUGUGAGCAGGACCAGCAGUGUCAUUAGACUUAACAAACGAGCUAUGAUCCCUUAUUGAUAUCAAUAAGGGAUGCAACUCAAUAAUUAGGAUGGUGUUCCUAAUGUUUGGUAUACUCUGUGUAUAUCCUGAUGCCUAGUCACCUUACCCCUAUACAUACAGUGCAUUUGGAAAGUAUUCAGGCCCCUUGACUUUUUCCACAUUUUGUUACGUUACAGCCUUAUUCUAAAAUGAAUUAAAUAAUUUUUUUGCCUCAUCAAUCUACACACAUUACCCCAUAAUGACAAAGCGAAAACAGGUUCUUAGAAUGUUUUGCAAAUGUAUUAAGAAUAAAAAAAUGGAAAUAAGUAUUCAGACCCUUUGCUAUGAGACUCGAAAUUGAGCUCAGGUGCUUCCUGUUUCCAUUGAUCAUCCUUGAGAUGUUUCUACAACUUGAUUGGAGUUCACCUGUGGUAAAUUCAAAUGAUUGGACAUGAUUUGGAAAGGCACAAACCUGUCUAUGUAAUGUCCCACAGUUGACGGAGCAAAAACCAAGUCAUGAGGUUGAAGGAUAUGUUUGUUGAGCUCUGAGACAGGAUUGUGUUGAGGCACAGAUCUGGGGAAGGGUACCAAAAAAUUUCUGAAGCAUUGAAGGUCCCCAAGAACACAGUGGCCUCCAUCUUUCUUAAAUGGAGGAAGUUUGGAACCACCAAGACUCUUCCUAAAGCUGGCCGCCCGGCCAAACUGAGCAAUCGCGGGAGAAGGGCCUUGGUCAGGGAGGUGACCAAUAACCCAAUGGUCACUCUGACAGAGCUCCAGAGUUCCUCUGUGGAGAUGGGAGAACCUUCCAGAAGGACAACCAUCUCUGCAGCACUCCACCAAUCAGGCCUUUAUGGUAGAGUGGCCAGACGGAAGCCACUCCUCAGUAAAAGGCACAUGACAGCCCGCUUGGAGUUUGCCAAAAGGCACCUAAAGGAUUCUCAGACAAUGAGAAACAAGAUUCUCUGGUAUGAUGAAACCAAGAUUGAACUCGUUGGCCUGAAUGCCAAGCGUCACGUCUGGAGGAAAUCUGGCACUAUCCCUACGGUGAAGCAUGGUGGUGGCAGCUGUCGGUAUGUUUUCAGCGGCAGGGACUGGGAGACUAGUCAGGAUCGAGGGAAAGAUGAACGGAGCAAAGUACAGAGAGAUCCUUAAUGAAAACAUUUACAUUUAUAUUUUAGUCAUUUAGCAGACACUCUUAUCCAGAGCGACUUACAGUUAGUGAGUGCAUACAUUUUUUUCAUAAUAAAGGAAACAAUUUGAAAUGCAGCACAUCCUGUAAAGUAAUCAGAUAACUUUUAGAAUGUGUUAAAGACCUUGUUUCCCUACCAAAAUCCAUAUACAAACAGUUGUGUAAACAGUUAUGCAACUGUAUGCAAUAGUAGAAUGACAAGGGAGCCUUAAAAACAGGUUAUUGCAAGGGCAGUGUAUUCCCAGGUGAAUCAGCUACGUGGCCUAAUCAACUAAACAAGAUGAUAACGUGAAAGUAUACGAGGGUUUCACUUUCAUAUCAAAACCACUCAAGACUAUAUCACAGACCAAAACUACUUGUCCUAAAAUGUAAUAGCCUUAUCACUGCAUUCUCCAUUUCUGCAAUUUUGAGAUCUCAUGAUAUUGGAGUGGAAACCAACAAGACCACACAAUGAACGUAUAUAUCAGCGGUUCUCCAAGUGGGUUCCGCAGAGGUAUUGCAGGGGUUACACGGCCAGAUCUCAAAAUGUAUAUAAAAAAACAGUUAACAGAUUUUGGCCAAGAGAUCUGUAGAACAAGUUUAGAGAGUGUAAUAUAAUACAAUGUAAUAUUAUGAAUCAACAAUUUAUAUUCUUAACCCUGGGCAACAUGGGCCUGGGAGGCUCACAGGGAUAUUGGUAGCAACAGUAAUCCACCAAUUAGUACUGUAAUACAAAACUAAGUCAGAAACACAUUCAUCUUUAACUGUAAACACAGGUUUUUAUUUUAUGUUGUAGAUUUUGAUUGUGAGAUACCACAGUAAGUUACAUGGAAAGAUAUGUUGAGGAGAGAGAAUGCUGAGGGAAUCAGACAGAAGACCUGAACUGGGUACUGGAUAUGGAAAUGCACCACAUGAAGGCAGUGGUGUAAAGUUCUUAAGUAAAAAUACUUUAAAGUACUACUUAAGUCAUUUUAUGGGGUAUCUGUACUUUACUACUUAUAUUUUUGACAACUUUCAUAUUUUACUUCACUACAUUCCUAAAGAAAAUAAUGUACUUUUUACUCCAUACAUUUUCCCUGACACCCAAAAGUACUCAUUACAUUUUCAAUGCUUAGCAGGACAGAAAAAUUGUCCAAUUCACGCACAUUUUCUAUUAAGGUAUCUUUUACUGUUACUCAAGUAUGACAAUUGGGUAGUUUUUCCACCAUUUAUUUUUUAUUUUAUUACAAUCAAUAUUAAAAUAGUACAACAAGGAUGUAUGCUGGCGGGCUUGGGUUACCACAAAACACAGCUCUCAAAAAUAAAAUAAUCUGAAAAAAACUUUGACUCAACAUUUAUAUACACACUGUGUCAUCCUCUGUCGCCCUAGGCUCCCUGCCUACAAGCGAUCUCACUCCACACUCAGUUACAGAGUGCUCAGGACCUCAGACUGGGGCAAAGGUUCACCUUCCAAUAGGACAACGACCCUAAGCAUACCAAGACAACGCAGGAGUGGCUUUGGGACAAGUCUCUGAAUAUCCUUGAGUGGCCCAGCCAGAGCCCGGACUUGAACCUGAUCGAACAUCUCUGGAGAGACCUGAAAAUAGCUGUGCAGCGACGCUCCCCAUCCAACCUGACAGAACUUGAGUGGAUCUGCAGAGAAGAAUGGAGACAUUCCCCAAAUACAGGUGUGCCAAGCUUGUAGCAUCAUACCCAAGAAGACUUGAGGCUGUAAUCGCUGCCAAAGGUGCUUCAACAAAGUACUGAGUAAAGGAUCUGAAUACUUACAGUGGGGAGAACAAGUAUUUGAUACACUGCCGAUUUUGCAGGUUUUCCUACUUACAAAGCAUGUAGAGGUCUAUCAUUUUUAUCAUAGGUACACUUCAACUGUGAGAGACGGAAUCUAAAACAAAAAUCUAGAACAUCACAUUGUAUGAUUUUUAAGUAAUUAAUUUGCAUUUUAUUGCAUGACAUAAGUAUUUGAUCACCUACCAACCAGUAAGAAUUCCGGCUCUCACAGACCUGUUAGUUUUUCUUUAAGAAGCCCUCCUGUUCUCCACUCAUUACCUGUAUUAACUGCAUCUGUUUGAACUCGUUACCUGUUUAAAACACACCUGUCCACACACUCAAUCAAACAGACUCCAACCUCUCCUCAAUGGCUAAGACCAGAGAGCUGUGUAAGGACAUCAGGGAUAAAAUUGUAGACCUGCACAAGGCUGGGAUGGGCUACAGGACAAUAGGCAAGCAGCUUGGUGAGAAGGCAACAACUGUUGCCGCAAUUAUUAGAAAAUGGAAGAAGUUCAAGAUGACGGUCAAUCACCCUCGGUCUGGGGCUCCAUGCAAGAUCUCACCUCGUGGGGCAUCAAUGAUCAUGAGGAAGGUGAGGGAUCAGCCCAUAACUACACGGCAGGACCUGGUCAAUGACCUGAUUAGAGCUGGGACCACAGUCUCAAAGAACCAUUAGUAACACACUACGCCGUCAUGGAUUAAAAUCCUGCAGCGCACGCAAGGUCCCCCUGCUCAAGCCAGCGCAUGUCCAGGCCCGUCUGAAGUUUGCCAAUGACCAUCUGGAUGAUCCAGAGGAGGAAUGGGAGAAGGUCAUGUGGUCUGAUGCAGAAGUAAAAAAUAAAGUGACAGUAGGGAGGCUAUAUAUACAAUAGAAUAAAGUGACAGUAGGGAGGCUAUAUAUACAGGGGGGGUACCGUUGCAUAGUCAAUGUGCGGGGGCACCGGCUAGUUGAGGUAGUUGAGGUAAUAUGUACAUGUGGGUAGAGUUAAAGUGACUAUGCAUAAAUACUUAACAGAGUAGCAGCAGCGUAAAAAGGAUGGGGUGGGGGGGGCAGUGCAAAUAGUCCGGGUAGCCAUGAUUAGCUGUUCAGGAGUCUUAUGGCUUGGGGGUAGAAGCUGUUGAGAAGUCUUUUGGACCUAGACUUGGCACUCCGGUACCGCUUGCCGUGCGGUAGCAGAGAGAACAGUCUAUGACUAGGGUGACUGGAGUCUUUGACAAUUUUGAGGGCCUUCCUCUGACACCGCCUGGUAUAGAGGUCCUGGAUGGCAGGGAGCUUUGCCCCAGUGAUGUACUGGGCCGUACGCACUACCCUCUGUAGUGCCUUGCGGUCAGAGGCCAAGCAGUUGCCAUACCAGGCGGUGAUGCAACCAGUCAGGAUGCUCUCGAUGGUGCAGCUGUAGAAUUUUUUGAGGAUCUGAGGACCCAUGCCAAAUCUUUUUAGUCUCCUGAGGGGGAAUAGGCUUUGUCGUGCCCUCUUCACGACUGUCUUGGUGUGUUUGGACCAUGAUAGUUCGUUGGUGAUGUGGACACCAAGGAACUUGAAGCUCUCAACCUGUUCCACUACAGCCCCGUCGAUGAGAAUGGGGGCGUGCUCAGUCCUCUUUUUUUUCCUGUAGUCCACAAUCAUCUCCUUUGUCUUGGUCACGUUGAGGGAGAGGUUGUUGUCCUGGCACCACACGGCCAGAUCUCUGACCUCCUCCCUAUAGGCUGUCUCAUCGUUGUCGGUGAUCAGGCCUACCACUGUUGUGUCGUCGGCAAACUUAAUGAUGGUGUUGGAGACAAAAAUAGAGCUUUUUGGUCUAAACUCCACUCGCCGUGUUUGGAGGAAGAAGAAGGAUGAGUACAACCCCAAGAACAUCAUCCCAACCGUGAAACAUGGAGGUGGAAACAUCAUUCUUUGGGGAUGCUUUUCUGCAAAGGGGACAGGACGACUGCACCGCAUUGAGGGGAGGAUGGAUGGGGCCAUGUAUCGCGAGAUCUUGGCCAACAACCUCCUUCCCUCAGUAAGAGCAUUGAAGAUGGGUCGUGGCUGGGCCUUCCAGCAUGACAACGACCCGAAACACACAGCCAGGGCAACUAAGGAGUGGCUCCGUAAGAAGCAUCUCAAGGUCCUGGAGUGGCCUAGCCAGUCUCCAGACCUGAACCCAAUAGAACAUCUUUGGAGGGAGCUGAAAAUCCAUAUUGCCCAGCGACAGAAGGUCUGUAUGGAGGAGUGGGCCAAAAUCCCUGCUGCAGUGUGUGCAAACCCUGGUCAAGACCUACAGGAAACGUAUGAUCUCUGUAAUUGCAAACAAAGGUUUCUGUACCAAAUAUUAAGUUCUGCUUUUCUGAUGUAUCAAAUACUUAUGUCAUGCCAUAAAAUGCAAAUUAAUUACUUAAAAAUCAUACAAUGUGAUUUUCUGGAUUUUUGUUUUAGAUUCCGUCUCUCACAGUUGAAGUGUACCUAUGAUAAAAAUUACAGACCUCUGCAUGCUUUGUAAGUAGGAAAACCUGCAAAAUCGCCAGUGUAUCAAAUACUUGUUCUCCCCACUGUAUGUAAAUGUGAUAUUUCCGUUUUUUUAUUUUUAAUGAAAACCUAUUUUUGCUUUGUCAUUAUGGGGUAUUGUGUGUAGAUUGAGUAGGGGAAAAAACAAUUUAAUCAAUUUUAGAAUAAGGCUGUAAUGUAACAAUGUGGAAAAAGUCAAAGGGUCUGAACACUUUCCGAAUGCACUGUACAUGUCUCUAUCACUCCAGUAUACCUGCACAUUGUAUAUAUGGUGUUGGAACUGACCUUGUAUAUACAGUGAGGGAAAAAGGUAUUUGAUCCCCUGCUGAUUUUGUACGUUUGCCCACUAACAAAGACAUGAUCCGUUUAUAAUUGUAAUGGUAGGUUUAUUUGAACAGUGAGAGACAAAAUAACAACAAAAAAAUCCAGAAAGACGAAUGUCACAAAUGUUCUAAAUUGAUUUGCAUUUUAAUGAGGGAAAUAAGUAUUUGACCCCUCUGCAAAACAUGACUUAGUACUUGGUGGCAAAACCCUUGUUGGCAAUCAGGGAUUUUGUCCCACUCCUCUUUGCAGAUCUUCUCCAAGUCAUUAAGGUUUCGAGCCUGACGUUUGGCAACUCGAACCUUCAGCUCCCUCCACAGAUUUUCUAUGGGAUUAAAGUCUGGAGACUGGCUAGGCCACUCCAGGACCUUAAUGUGCUUCUUCUUGAGCCACUCCUUUGUUGCCUUGGCCGUGUGUUUUGGGUCAUUGUCAUGCUGGAAUACCCAUUUACGACCCAUUUUCAAUGCCCUGGCUGAGGGAAGGAGGUUCUCACCCAACAUUUGACGGUACAUGGCCCCGUCCAUCGUCCCUUUGAUGCAGUGAAGUUGUCCUGUCCCCUUAGCAGAAAAACACCCCCAAAGCAUAAUGUUUCCACCUCCAUGUUUGACGGUGGGGAUGGUGUUCUUGGGGUCAUAGGCAGCAUUCCUCCUCCUCCAAACACAGCGAGUUGAGUUGAUGUCAAAGAACUCCAUUUUGGUCUCAUCUGACCACAACACUUUCACCCAGUUCUCCUCUGAAUCAUUCAGAUGUUCAUUGGCAAACUUCAGACGGGCCUGUAUAUGUGCUUUCUUGAUUAGGGGGACCUUGCGGGCGCUGCAGGAUUUCAGUCCUUCACGGCGUAGUGUGUUACCAAUUGUUUUCUUAGUGACAAUGGUCCCAGCUGCCUUGAGAUCAUUGACAAGAUCCUCCCGUGUAGUUCUGGGCUGAUUCCUCACCGUUCUCAUGAUCAUUGCAACUCCACGAGGUGAGAUCUUGCAUGGAGCCCCAGGCCGAGGGAGAUUGACAGGUCUUUUGUGUUUCUUCCAUUUGCGAAUAAUCGCACCAACUGUUGUCACCUUCUCACCAAGCUGCUUGGCGAUGGUCUUGUAGCCCAUUCCAGCCUUGUGUAGGUCUACAAUCUUGUCCCUGACAUCCUUGGAGAGCUCUUUGGUCUUGGCCAUGGUGGAGAGUUUGGAAUCUGAUUGAUUGAUUGCUUCUGUGGACAGGUGUCUUUUAUACAGGUAACAAGCUGAGAUUAGGAGCACUCCCUUUAAGAGUGUGCUCCUAAUCUCAGCUCAUUACCUGUAUAAAAGACACCUGGGAGCCAGAAAUCUUUCUGAUUGAGAGGGGGUCAAAUACUUAUUUCCCUCAUUAAAAUGCAAAUCAAUUUCUAACAUUUCUGACAUGUGUUUUUCUGGAUUUUGUUGUUGUUAUUCUGUCUCUCACUGUUCAAAUAAACCUACCAUUAAAAUUAUAGACUGAUCAUUUCUUUGUCAGUGGGCAAACGUACAAAAUCAGCAGGGGAUCAAAUCGUUUUUUCCCUCACUGUAGCUUCUUACUUUCUUGUGUUCUUCUUUAUUUUUAUUUCUUGUGUUUUUGUUCUACCUUAUGUUAUUUUUAGUGCUACAUUGAUAUUGAUUACUGCAUUGUUGGGUUUGGAGCUAGCAAGAAAGGGAUUUCACUGUACUUGUGCACGUGACAUUAAAACUUAAAACCUCUCCUUUCUUUCUUUCUUUCUCUCGGUCUCUCUCUCUCUCUCUUUCCCUCACUCUCUCCCUCUCUCUCUCUUUCUCCUUCCCGCUCUCUCUCCUUCCCUCUCUCUCGCUCUCUUCGCUCUCUCCCUCUCUCUCUGCUUUCUCUCGCUCUCUUGGCCACAUGGUCCUGUCCUGCUUCUGAGAGAGAGGGAACUCCCCAGAGCCCAGUGCUCUUCUAUCUUCUCUUGGCUCUCUUCUCAAUGCCACCCCUCAUCUCUUCCCUCUCUCCUUGCUUUGCUCCUCUCCCUUCUCUCUAUUUUCCUCCUCUGCUCCCUCCUCUCCCUUCCUCUGCUCUACGCCUCCCCUCUUUUACGUCUCUCCCUCUCCUCUACCUGUAGGUAUUUAAUGAGAAGAUAGUUCCCAUUAAAGGUUCUGUGCUGGCUCUCAUAAGAGGUGCUCUGAGAGGAGGAGUGAAGGAAAGGAGAGGUCCCUUCAGAGGAGGAUAGAGAACAGGAGGUGGCAGGAGGGGAGGGGGCGGAGGAGGAGAGACGGAGCGAGAGAAAAGGAAAUGUGGAUGACAGGAAAAAGGGGAGCUGAUGGGCAGAAUUGGAUGGAUAUAAGUUUAGGAGAAAUGUGGAUUCAGGCAGACCGAUUAAUGGGUUGGUAUCUGGAGAAGUGGUGUUUCUUUAUUUUCCACACUUCUCUAAUGAGACACCCUGGUAAAUGACUAAAUGGCUGCGCUCUCGACCUCGCUCUCUGUCUCUCUCUUUCUCUCUCUCUCUCUUUCUUUAUCUCUCUCUCUCGUUAUCUCUCUGUCUCUCGCUCAUGGCCAGAUGGUCCCGUCCUGCCUCUGAGAGAGUGGAAUCGCCCCAGAGCCCAGCACACAUCUCUUCCCUCUCUUCUCCAUGCCAUCCCUCAUGUCUUCCCUCUCUCCUGGCAUUUGUUCUCCAUCUCUUAUCCUCUCCUGUGGCCCCCUUCCCUCUCCUAUCCUCUCUCCCUCCCCUGGCCCCUCUCAUCUUCUCCCCUCAGGCAGAGAUGUAUGGAUGUAGAACAGGGUGUGUGGUGGAGAGGAGACAUGUACCAGUGUGAAUAGGUGCCAGCUGAAGGCCCUACUCUAACCCCUCUGUCUAUCUGUCUGCUCCUUAGGCAUUAGUUAUUUAAACACCGCACCAGGGGUCUGGCUGUGUGUCAUGUAGGAAAGGGCCAGAACAAACCUUGCCAUCCUUUCUAGCCAUCUUUCUUCUUUUUCUUCUCUCUCUCUAUAUGUAUAUAUAUAAAAAGAUCUCCCUCCCCCUCUCUCCGUCUCUGCCAAAGCUCCAGACACCUGCAGGUAUUUAAUGAGAAGAUAGUUCCCAUUAAAGGUUCUGUGCUGGCUGUCAUAAGAGGCGCUCUGAGAGGAGGAGUGAAGGAAAGGAGAGGUCCCUUCAGAGGAGGAGAGAGAACAGGAGGUGGCAGGAGGGGAGGGGGCAGAGGAGGAGAGACAGAGCGAGAGAAAAGGAAAUGUGGAUGACAGGAAAAGGGGAGAUGAUGGGCAGAAUUGGAUGGAUAUAAGUUUAGGAGAAAUGUGGAGGCAGACAGAUUAAUGGGUUGGUAUCUGGAGGAGAAGUGUUUCUUUACUUUCCUCACCUCUUCUCUAAUGAGACACCCUGGUAAAUGACUGAUCUCUCUUCUCUCCUAUCUUUGACAGGGCUCAUAGUAACCUCACUAAGGUCACAGUUUAAAUACACUGUAUGGUUCUAGUUUUAAAGCAGUGUACUGUAUGGAUCUCUAGCUCCAGUCCUGGAGAACUGUGUAUGCAGGCUUUUUUUCCAAAACAAGCUGGGAUGGAGCAAAACCUGCACACCAGUAGCUCUCAAGGACCGUAGUUUACCACCCCUUACAUACGUUACAGUUGGAGAACUUACUCAUAAAACUUACUUUGUGUCUCUGCCUAAGGGGUUUUGUUUACUGUUAAGUGUGUCUAGGUCUAUUCAGACAGUCCAACAGAGGUGUUUUUUGGAUACCCAUCUAUCUGUCAGUCAUCCUAAAUUGGUAAGUCAGUGGUUCACCUUUAGGCAGCCAGAGGUAGUGUCAGAGAGCAUCGGCUGGUGGACAUGAUUGGCUUGUUUCAGGGAGCCUCCGUCUUUUUCACCCACUCUGUUACCUCAGGGAGAGUGAAUGAACCACUGAAGGGUUUUCUCAUUCUACCCCAGCAUAACUCACUUCAUAACAGUGAUGAUACAAUAGUGCUUCUAGUCUCAUCCUAACCACCCUACAGCUUCUUUGCAUCCAAAGAGCUUUCUAUCUAUCUUUCUCUCACUCCUCCGUAUCCUCUCCCCUCCCUUCCUCUCCACCGUCUCCUCCCAGGGAUGGAGGGAUGAGUGUGUGUGUGAAUAAAUGAGGUGGGUGCUGAUGUUCAGCUGUUUCCUCCUCUUACUCCUGGUGUUUGAGCUGAGCUCCUCUCUCUCGCUCGCUCUUGCUCUCCCCCUUCUUUCUCCUGGCUGUCUGUGGGUAAGCACUUUGCCGGGUGACAGCGCCCAUCCUUCACAGGGCCCUGCCAUAUGCCGCGCUGCUGUCAGAGUAGACUGCUGCAGAUGCUCCAGCUGCCCCCCACCUACCUACACACCUCCCUCUCUCGCCUCACACACCUCCCCAAAACUGAGACGGAGAGAGGGGGGAGAUGUGUAGAGGCUCAGUGA